CAAAAACUCUGAGGUUUCAAGGAUGUUCUGCUCACAUGGGACUCUCUCAGCCGUCAGUUAUGCGCUCGUGUUGGGAAUAACGUGUCUGGUCGUCUUCUGCGAUUCCACCAGAGGUUCUUCAGACUUUUCAGACUACCUGUCGAGGGUUUUGAGGAACUACACCGAACAGGCCUGUGACGGAGACUUCCUGUCUGUACGCUGCCCGCCCCGCACCACCAUCACCGUGCAAUCGGCUUUCUACGGCAGGAGAAGCCCCUCCCACUCCCAGCAGUGCCCGCAGACCUACCAGGCCCUGCUGGGGGCGUACAACCCACAGAAGGAUGACCAAUACUGCUCCGUGUCCACUGCUUUACAGAAAAUGCUGGACGAGUGCCAGGACCGAAGAAGCUGUCAAGUCCUUGUCAACAGCCGUGUGUUUGGGACAGACCAGUGUCCUGGCAGCAGUAAAAACCUCAUUGUCUGGUACAAAUGCAGACCUAAUGAGUACAAGAGCAAGGUGGCGUGCGAGGAGGAGAGGAUGAAGCUGAGCUGCAAGCGGGGCAUGCAGAUCGCCGUCUACUCCGCCAUGUUCGGCCGGACUCAGCAAGGCACGCUGGAGUGCCCGCUGUACAACAGGAGAGCCCCAUCAGUAGACUGCCAGUCGGGCUUGGCUCUGCAGGUGUUGACAGCCCGUUGUCAGGGAAAGAAGAGCUGUCUGGUGCGAGCCUCCACCCGGGACUUUGGAGACCCCUGCUACUCCGGCACCAGGAAGUACCUCAGCGUCAUCUACACCUGUGUUCCAAAGAAGUUACUCCAGGAGCCAGGCCCAAACCCCCCAGUGUACCCCCCGCCGCCCAGCGUCCAUGACCCCAACGUGGUGGGAGACAGCGCCCCCCCAGAGGGGACCUUAGUCAAGACCUCUGACACUGUUCCAGAGAGGAAGCGGGUCAGAGAGUCCGGCUCAUACUCCGAGGAGGAGAAGAAUUCAGAAGGAGGAGGAGGAGGAAGAGGAGAAGGUCCUCCGCGAACCCCGGAUAUUAAUCCCAUCAUCAACUCCACCGCCGGUGCCAACAUGGCCCUCAUUAGCAACGCUUUGGCAGCCUACACCUACGUAGCAGACCACCCGGAGAGAGCGGCACUCUUUUUUGUCUGUGGCGUGUGCCUGGGUCUCUUCCUCACCCUCUUCGCCCUGGUGGUCCAGAUAUCCUGUCGCACCGACUGCCAGCCCCGCAAGCGACCCCCGCCCAAGAAGCGGGCGCGCCCUCCCGACUCGUCCUCUGAUUCCAGCGACUCAGAUUCCGACUGGGACACCACCUCGGACCUGUCGGCGCGACGGCACCGACGCUUCGAGCGCACCCUGAACAUGAACGUGUUCACGUCGGCGGAGGAGCUGGAGAGGGCUCAGCGGCUCGAGGAGAGGGAACGGAUCAUCCGAGAGAUCUGGAUGAACGGCCAGCCGGACAUCCCCGGAACUCGCAGCCUCAACCGAUAUUACUGAUGGCGGCAGAGGGGGCGGCUGCUGAGAGAGAGCCUGAGCAAAAUGUAAUAUAAAGUACGCACUUACGAUGAAAGGGCCAUGGGACUAGCCCCCCGCCCGCCCCUCGAACAUUUCUAAAGAGUGUACAGUGGCAGCAGGACCACCAUGGACCAUGCCGGUUUGGACUCAGACUGGGGGAGCACAGCGAGAUACAGCAGACUUGGGAAGAUAGCCCACCCUCUCUGUCAGUAUGCAUGACAUUGUGGUUAUUAUAAGCUAGACCCCCAUCCAGUUAGAGAAUAAGCUCCCACUCAGCAUGGCAUGCUUGGCUGGAAGUCUGCGUCUCAUUGGUGGACGUUUGGGAUGAAAGGUCACCUGCUGCACUGCCUCGCCCGUGACCUCACCAGACCCUAUUAAAGUGGGGAGUCAUUGGAUAGCAAAAGGGCCUUUAUGGACGAAGUAGGGGCUGAAGGACUAAUGCCGUUUAUCUGUCUGUUUUAUACAAGCUAUGGGACAGCAAUGACAGACUACGAAGCUUGCAGCUUGCUUGACUCAGUACCCUCCAGUAUUCUAGUAGAGAGUUAAAGAGGGGUGGCAUAACGUGUACAAUAGAGCAGUGUGCCGGGUGCCACAACCGAGCAAUCUUAAGACAAUCUCUCCAAAGUCAACUACCGCGCUGCCUUAAUGAACUUUUUUAAAACCAAAAGAAGUUGCAUUUUUGGGAAUUCAUCUCAACCCUUAUAAGAUAUAUUUUAUAAUAUUUAAUGGUUUAUUGUUGUGUUUUUUUUUUUGUUCUCAAUUAUGGUUUAUCAUGAGAUAUUUUUAUACUUUGGCAAAGGUUGUCUGGCACCUCAGGGAUACAAUCCUAGUGUUUCUGUGUCUGGGUGAUGUAUUUGCUUCCUAAGAAGGGGAUCAAUUCACUUCAACAGCUGUGUCAGCAUUUUAAUGAGCGCCUCAAAGAGGUUUUAGUGAUGAAACAUAUAAUAUUUUUGAUAUGCUUAAUUCACAGUGCAGUGCUUUGCCUUGCCACAAAGAAUUCACUGAAAUCAACAAACUCGGUCGAUCACCUAUUAACGGUCCAAAUGAUCAAUGGUUUGGACAUCCUGGGCUGAUCUGAUUUUAUGUGUAUUGCCAUUCCCUGAUUUCCUUGUUUUGCUCUGUAGGCAUGUGCACACUCUGAAUGGAAAUGGUGAAUGUCUCGGUUUAAACAUUGCACUUGCUGUCUCGCCGGAUAUGUAUGUAACCAGAUCAUGCCAACGUUGUGUCAUUAGAGCAGCUACCAACUGUUACUGUAGUCCUCUUCAGUAGACCAGGUUCCCUCGUGGCAACCUCCCUCUGUGGGUGUCCACUGGCCUCUCCUUUCUCCACCCGUCUCUGCUAGUCUGAAUACCUGUGACUUCUGUGAGAGAGCAUCAGAAGUUAGCCGAGCUCCCAUCGCCGUAGGGAAUGCACACGCAACACUUUUCUUCCAAUUGGAAAGGAGAGGAAGGAACCAGCGCUGUGACCGGAGGUUCCCAGUGGAUAUACAACCGUAGUCUCUUCCAUCAUAUUGCCAAUUUAAUAUAAGCUAUUAUAAAUCCAGUUUUGUCUUCGCUGCACUGGAUUAAAUCAUAGAAAUCGUUCUAGUUUUCAAAAAAAAAAAAAAGAUUGAUAUUUUCCUGACUGAGAGUUGAUUUUAGAGUACACGGGACAUAUUAAGGUCAUCCAUAUUAAGAAUCCAACUCCAUCUAUUUACUGGGAUUAAUUCUUGUGCUUAUAUAUUGAAUAGGACAUAAAUGUGCCAAUAGCUGGUAAGUGAGACCAAAAUAUGACUCCUGUGCCUGGAAUAAACUGUUUUGAAC